UCUCCUCCAGCCUUUAAACCCGCAUGCAUCGAUGCAGGCAUUGGGAAAAGAAACUGUAGGAGUCAUUCUAAUAAAGGAGUGUCGGGUGUUGAAUCAUUAUCGGUGUUUAGACUUAUUCUGGCCUCAAACACUAUUAUACAUUACAGUUUACAGAUUUAUGAAUGUGCUCUGAACUAAGAAAAGACCGAGUUGAUGCCUUGUAGGGCGACCGAAGGGGAAAGGAAUGCUUCGGUACAAAACAACACAAACACAGGAGUUGUGUUAAUUACAGGAGGGUGUGGUGUGUAACCGCCCUUGUCCCAGGCCCCUGAACACGGAGAGGCUCCUCAGCUCCACCGGUCGAACAAUUAAUGAAGAAAUCUCAACUCUUUAAUCACAAAAACACAUCGUUUACACUCAGUCCCGCUCGAUUCAUGUCUCAGCCCGAGUGCACCUGAAGUCCUCCUCUCGUUCUGCUUCUUUUGAUGAUAGCCCUGAACUGCCUGCACCCCCCCCCCGCCCCCCACCCCUCUAACAUCCCCUUCUGUAUAUCAGUGGCCAUUAGUCUCAUAGAGCAGAUUUGACCUUUGACCCGAGCUUUCACUCUCUGUGCAUGUGAUUUAAUUCCCGAUGUUGUGUCGCUUGUUUUUUGCCUUGAUCACUUUUGCCUCUCCGUUUUCCCUUUUUCCAUUUCCUCUCCUCCCCUCUUUGUUUAUUGUUUCCCCCCUCUGUCUCCGCCCUCGGCCGUGCCCUACACCUCCACCUUGCCCCCCCCCAACCCCUUCACCCCUCCACCUCCCUCCGCCUGUCCACCACCACCUUUAGCUGUCUCCUGAGGGGCUUGGGCUGCGGGAGCGGUGUGCCAGGACCAAGCGGGAAGUGGCCAUGCGGCUGUCUGGCAAACACAACUAUGACAUGAAGGUGCAGCAGCUGAUGAAGGCGGCAAGAAGCGGGACGAAGGACGGGCUGGAAAAGACCAAACUGGCCGUCAUGCGAAAAGUGUCCCUCCUGCAGAGGAAAGAUCAGUCGGGUAAAGAGGAGGAGGAUGAUGCAGGAUACCUGGAUGUGGCUGUGUCGGAAAUGAAGCACCCUCCCCCACAACUGAGUCCCAUGCCCGAGGGGCUGACCAGCCACCAGGUUGUCAGGCGCCAUAUCCUCAGCUCCAUCAUCCAGAGCGAGCGCAGCUACCUGGAGUCUCUCAGGAGAAUCCUGCAGGAAUACCACAGGCCGCUGAUGGAAGCAGAUCCGCGCAUCCUGAGUCCGAGGAAGAUCCGCCCCAUAUUUUACCGCGUCCGGGAGAUCACGCAGUGCCACUCCAUGUUCCAGAUUGCCCUGGCGUCUCGAGUGGCCGAGUGGGACAGCAGCGAGAAGAUUGGAGACUUAUUUGUCGCCUCGUUCUCCAAGUCCAUGGUGCUGGAUGUGUACAGUGAGUACGUGAACAACUUCACCGGGGCCAUGGCUCUAAUUAAAAAGGCCUGCUUGUCCAAACCGGCCUUUCUGGAAUUCUUAAAGAAGAAGCAGGCCUCCAGUGUGGACCGCAUCACUCUGUACGGCCUGAUGGUGAAGCCCAUCCAGCGAUUCCCUCAGUUCAUCCUGCUCCUGCAGGACAUGCUGAAGAACACGCCGAAGGGCCACGUGGACCGCCUGCCCCUGCAGCUCGCCCUGACGGAGCUGGAGAUGCUCGCCGAGAAGCUGAACGAACAGAAGCGAGUCGCCGACCAGAUCACGGAGACCCAACAACUGGCCCGCAGCGUCAGCGAUCGCCUGCUCAGCAAGCAACUGAACGCGGAGCAGGGGUCGCUGGUCCUUUGUGAGACGCUCAUUGAGACCGUGUACGGCGAGCGGGGACAAGUCCUGAAGUCAAAGGAGAGGAAGGUCUUCCUCUUUGAUGAUGUCCUCGUCUGUGCAAACAUAAAUGUCAAGGGGCCUCCAGAUAUCAGCAGCCUCGUCCCUGUGGGCCCCAAGUACACCAUGAAGUGGAGCGCCCCUUUGCAACAGGUGCAAGUUGUGGAGGCGGGGCAGGAGGCCUCCCAAGGCAAAGACACCUUCUUCCAGCAGGGCGGGGCCAAGCGGACGGGUGGCGCCUGCACCUCAGGUAAAGUGAUCCUGGGGCCUCCUCGGCUCUACCAGGAGCUGCAGGAGCUUCAACAUGACCUUUCGGUGGUGGAGGAGGUCACGCUGCUGGUGGGCACGCUGCAGGGGACGUACCAGAACCUGAACACCACUGUGGCCCAGGACUGGUGCCUGGCUCUGCAGAGGCUCAUUCGCAUCAAAGAGGAGCAGAUCCAGAGCGCUAACAAAUGUCGCUUGCGCCUGCAGGUGCCCGGCAGGCCAGACAAGUCAGGGCGUCCUGUUAGUUUCAUGAUGGUCUUCAACACUCCCAACCCCCUGAGCAAGAUCUCCUGGGUCAACCGACUGCACCUGACCAAGAUCGCACUACGUGAGGAGAAUUCACCGGGCUGGUUGUACGGAGAAGACGAGGGGAAGACGAAGGCCCCGCUCUGGUGUCCCCUGCUCUCCUGUCACAUGCCCGUCUUUGCCACGAAGUCACCGGAGAGAAAGCUCGAAGCUGCCCUCCAUAAUCCUGUGCACUGUGGACUGCUGGGCUUCUCUGCAGCGAGCACCUCCUUACCUCAAGGCUACCUCUGGGUGUCAGGUAGAGGUGAAGGGUCACAGGGGCAGAUCGAGAUCUUCUCCCUCAACAGGCCUCUGCCUCGGGCUGUGAAGAGCCUGCAGCUGGACUCUGCUGUCCGGUGUCUGGAGUACGUACCUGAACCUCCUCCGGCCGAUGAGGUGGAGGCUGCAGUUCACAAAACACCUUCAGGGAGCAGCGCCAACAUUUGUGUCGGACUGGACGACGGCCGCAUCCUGGUCUACGGCAGCGUGGACACCGCGGCUCAAUGCCUGCUGACCCUGCGGAACCCGGAGGGCUGCCCCGUGCUGUGCCUGAAGCAGUCGUCCCGCUUCCUGUUUGCGGGUCUGAGGGACGGCACCAUGAUGGUUUAUGGAAGAAGUACCAGUGACGAUCUUUGGGAACCCGACUCGUGCCGAUGUGUGAACCUGGGCUCGGAACCCGUGAGGACGCUGCUGGUUCUGGACGACUCGGUGUGGGCGAGCUGUGGGAACUCCGUCACCGCCGUGGACGUGUCCAGCCUCAACACUCAGAAGUUUGAAGUCCACCCGGACCCGAUGGUCAGCGUGGCGCACAUGGCGUGGGCGGGCGGCGGCGUGUGGAUGGCGUUCUCCGAGGGCUCGUCCAUCCGUCUCUUUCACACGGAGACGCUGGAGCUGCUGCAGGAAAUCAACAUCUCCACCAGGUCCACGCUGCUCAACACAGGGCCGAAGAACAUGCGAGUCACGAGCCUCCUGAUUUGCCAGGGGCUGUUGUGGGUGGGCACCGCCCAAGGCUUGAUCAUCACUCUCCCUGUUCCCAAACUGGAGGGCAUCCCCAAAAUAACAGGAAAGGGCAUGAUCUCGUUAAACGCCCACUGCGGCCCGGUGGACUUCCUGGUCGCCACCACCAGCACCCUGUCCCCCGAGCUGCUCAAGAGGGACUCGGUGGGGGACAGCCCGGACUCGGCCUGCGGGGGCGAGGACCGCAGCGACUCGUCCUCCCAGGAGUCCCUGCAGCAGUCCGGCUCCCAUCAGGGAGAGGGGCGGGGCAAGGGGCGUGGCGUCCUGCUGCAGUACCGGCUGCGCUCCACGUCGGGACUGCCCGGGCGGCCGCUGACGGCUCAGGGGGACGAGGCGUCGGACUCGUCCUUGGAGUCCCUGGAGCACAGCGUGGAGGACGGAUCCAUCUACGAGCUCAGCGACGACCCCGAGAUGUGGGUCAGGGGCCGUCCUUGUGAGCGGGAGGGGGGGCGCAGGGACAGGGUGAUCUCGGCGGCGGUUGUCUCCGGAGGCAAAGGCUUCCGCCGGCUGAAGGAGGGAGCUCCGGCAGGUACUAGGACAAAUGUGGAGGGUUUAGAGAACAUUCUAAUGGUAUGGCAGCUCCCACUGACGGUGUGAUAUGAAAUAUAUAUAUAUACGGCACGAUGAUGUAUAUUUAUAGAUCCCUCCCCAGCUUAGCCUCCAGGUACCUGUUCCAUCAUUUCACGGGAUUUGGAUGUGUAAUGAGAAGGUGUUGACAUUGUUACAGAGCUUGAGGUCUUCUGAUUAAACCUGUGGACUAAGAACCUCUGAGGCGUCCUGGUGACCAGACGUAGGACACCUCGGAUGUUCAGGACUGUGCGUCGGGACAUUUCCAGCUUCUCAUCUCCACAGUCUAGUUCCCUGUGAUCGUGGUUCCUCCUCCUGGUUUUUGUUUGGAUUGAUACGCGGCAAUUUAACCUCAUCAUGCGGGGGAAGAGGCCUCUGUUUUGAAUGUGCCGUGCUCUUUGUGUUUUAUCUGAUCCUGUGGGAGAGAUCCCAUCUGCUUAGAGCUGAAAGCCGGGGACUACCACCCCAUCAUGAAGCACGUUAGCCUCACUGUAUUAGCUCCGCCCGCCUCGCGCUCAUCCCUGAACAAUGUGAAUAGAAGAGAUGUCUGAAAAUUCAAUAUUUGCUCUCUGAAGAAGAACUAUGUUUUGUUGCAGCUGUUGCAAAAACAUCAGGAUUUUGGGGUUUGGGCCAAGAACUUACCAGAAUGUUUCGUACAGACAAAAACUAAAAGAUGUUUAUAACGUUUUGCGACGUAAAAUAAUUCUGUCGUUACAGUUCCACUAAAUGUAAAAGUCUGGGAUCCAUAAUCUUCUGCAGCUGCCAGGUAUCAUUAUUCAGUAUUCAGUGUCAUCCGUCAGCCUGAUGAAACAAAUGUGUGCUCACACUCUUAUUAAUACACAACUCCCAUUAGCAGGAAACCACAGUCACACAUCAAAACCCUUUUAUCCAAUGAUGAAAGAUUCAUGUGAGCUGUUACUGGCUGUGUUACAAACGAAGGGAAUCGAACCAACGUGCACAUUCGUUUUUCAACAACACAAGGAUUCUGACUCAAGGUGAUGUUUUACAAUGGCCAGCACAUCUUUACUGAAAUGAACACAGAUGUUGAGUCACAUCAAACUCCAGUUUUCAUUAUAAUAUUCUGAGUUUAACACAAACAUUAGUAUUUUACGAUCGUGAACCGAGAAAAAAUAAUAUUAGUAAUAAUUCAGAUCGUUUGAAAGACGACUUAUUCUUUGUGUUUUUAAAUGAACAAACAAAUUCAUGUUCAGGUUCUGCUUUUUGUUUUUUAACAUGUCAAAUAAUGCAAUUUUGUGAAUUACACAGAUUUUACCCAACAACUGCAGUGAAUUAAUUUGAGUGGGUAUGAGACACUCUGUGGUACUAAGUGUAAUAUUGUGAUGUUCAUGUAUAAGUUACAGUAACAUCGGGGGGGGGGGGGGGGGGGACGCAGCUCACUCGAGUGUCACACUCUGAACUUGGCUUUGUGGAUUCAGGAGCUCAGAGGUUAUAGGCUGUCUUCCCCCCCCCCCAUUCCUCCAUGCAGCCUGUUCUCCGCCCGUGGAUUCAGGUCUUAUCCCUCCAUCAUAGACGAAGCUAAAAAAAAUGUACAUUACAUUCGUUCCUCUGAGGCACAUUGACGUUUUCCUCCAUACCCCCCCCC